CAAGCACAGGUUUAACCUUCAUUGCAUUUGAAAUUUCAUCUAUUAAAACUUACCUCAAUCUUCUCCCACAAAAGUGACUUGGCCUCAUUUUCCGUGAAGAUUUCCAUCGACGCUACAUCCUGCAGAGGUUGAAAACAUUUAUGCUCUACAGCUGAUAUGAUUUACGCGGUGGUCUCUGAAGCUUCCAGUUAACCUGAAAAAACCCUGACUCCCAAUUUCGAAAGGUUGGCCAGUCCAUGACCUUUCACCUUCCAUGUCAGAAACCGGAUCCAACUCAUACCUUCACAAACUAAUCCAAGGCUACACUACAUUUUUCACAGUUCCGAAGAGAGACGUCAACCCUCUCACUCUCCUUUUUAUUAAUGAAUUCAAUCUUGCCAGAUGAUUCAGAGCACACUUCUUAUGAUACUUAUUCUAUUAUGAUAUACUAAUUUUGUAGUUAUUAUAGUGUCCAAAAUUGAUUCAUAUCUCAUUACAAUGGUUGGAUCAUAUUCAGCUCUCUUUAUUGUUGAUGAAAUGUCUUCCAUUUCUGCUCUUAGAUUUCUGUACGGAUGAACGAAGAGUUGAUGUGACCAUAACUAGGUCUGAAGACGUUAAAGUGCUACACAGUGUGAUGUGCUCCUGUUCCUUGAUGCAGGCAGCUUCGCAACUUCAUGUUGGUCUUGCUGCUACUUCUUCCUCUUCUCCUUGCAUCUCUCGUGUGCUGAGCUGCUUGUACGGUUUUAAUGUACUUGCAGGGAAUGGAUCUGGUUUGUGGAUUUGUUCUUGCUGUUCGUCUUGCUUUUUUGUGGAUUUCUUAUGCCAAGCUUUUCUUAUGGGGAGUUCAUUUGAUAAUUUUUUUACCACCGAAAGUGCGUUAGUGAAGUGGAUAUCAAGACACAUUCUCAGUGCAGUGGAAGAAGACUGAGAAAAUGUAUAGAUAUUUAACCAUCAUUUCAUAUU